AUGGCGUCGAGAAGUAACGGAGUUGUGUUCGAAGAUUUCUUCCCAACAAUGGUGGAGAGGUUAGGCACAGAAGGGUUCAUGAAGGAGUUGAGCAAUGGGUUCAGCUUGUUAAUGGAUGGGGAGAAAGGUGUCAUCACAUUCGAGAGCUUGAAGAGGAACUCUGCAUUGCUGGGUUUGCAGGGGAUGAGUGAUGAAGACUUAAGGUGCAUGCUGAGGGAAGGCGAUUUGGAUGGGGAUGGGUGCUUGAAUGAGAUGGAGUUUUCUACUCUUAUGUUUAGGUUAAGUCCCGAGUUGAUGCAGAAUUCUAAAGAAUUGUUGGAGGAAGCUCUAACAUUUUAA